CUCAGUGACGUCGCUUCCAGUCCAGGGUGGUUGAGCUAAACUUUCGCCUCAUCGAGUUGACUAUACAUACAUUCGUCACCCGCGCCGCGGCACGCCUGCGGUUGGGUGAAACAAGGCCCUAUCGGGCCUCCGUAGUCGGCUUUUUGUGGUAGGCGGGGCCGAGGCCGGGGUGACCCUGCCGGAACCGCCGCUGCCAGCAACAUGUUCAAGGUAAUUCAGAGGUCCAUGGGCCCAGCCAGCCUGAGCCUGCUCACUUUCAGAGUCUACGCAGCACCAAAAAAGGACUCGCCUCACAAAAGCUCCAUGAAGGUUGAUGAGCUUUCACUCUACUCGGUUCCUGAGGGUCAGUCCAAGUAUGUGGAGGAGCCAAAGACCCAACUGGAAGAAAGCAUCUCACAGCUUCGACAUCAUUGCGAACCAUAUACAAGUUGGUGUCAGGAAAUGUACUCUCAAACUAAGCCCAAGAUGCAGAGUUUGGCUCAAUGGGGAUUAGACAGCUAUGAAUAUCUCCAAAAUGCACCUCCUGGUUUUUUUCCAAGACUUGGUGUUAUUGGUUUUGCUGGCCUUGUUGGACUUCUUUUGGCUAGAGGUUCAAAAAUAAAGAAGCUGGUGUAUCCUCCUGGUUUCAUGGGAUUAGCUGCCUCUAUCUAUUACCCACAACAAACCAUCGCAUUUGCCCAGGUCAGUGGGGAGAAAUUGUAUGACUGGGGUUUACGAGGAUACAUUGUUGUAGAAGAUUUGUGGAAGGAGAACUUUCAAAAGCCAGGAAAUGUGAAGAAUUCACCUGGAAAUAAGUAGAAAACUCCAUGCUCUGCUCAUUUUAAUGAGUUGUAGGUAAACAAAAAGCACCACAUGGGAAAUCGGUAUUUCUACAGACAAAUGCAGAAGAGUCAAUACUGAAUGUAGUAAACUGACUUUCUUCUUCAGGAAAAGCUAUCCUAGGACUCUUUUAUCUUGGGGAUGUCACACUGCAAGCAGACUAAUCCAAAUCCCCUUUACCUAAAGAUACUGUACGGGCCUUAGAACAUCUUGUUCUCAUGUUGCUAUUUAUGUACAUAAUUAAAA